AUGAUGAUUAUUGACUCGCGUCUCGCUUUCCCUUACGGACCACGUUCCUCUUCCGUCACUGCUUGGCAGGUGAAGCUUCAUGCACACUACUCGAUACACAAUCAUAUGCUUUUGGCAAGUCUCUGGUUGUCCUGUAUCGGUUUGUUGCUGACCAGUAUACAUUUGGCCGUGUUCUCUUUCGAUGGUCGUGGUCUCGGUGGUGUGUCCGAACUCGGAACGUUCAGUACACAGUGGGGUGACGCAUUGUUCCUCGCGUUGCUUCUAUCCACGGCGGAAGUCGGCUUUUUGACCACGACGGAUACUGUGAGGAGCCGAGCAUCGAAUUCCAUUGGUGCCGACCAUCGAGGUCCUGUUUCCGGGACACGUGAUUAUGCUUACCACGCACUGACUGCAGACACGGGAGAAGGGUCAUCGUCACCGGAAAAACCCAGUCCACGGAGUUGCGGCCGAUCAAGCAAACCAUGGCCGUUUUUAAUCAGUUUAAUCGCGUUGUUUUUGUGCCUGCAAACUAUUCUGUACGGUUGGGCCUCAAUCGAUCAGGACCCGGUCAUUGACUUUUCUGUGUGGAACACUGUGCCUGGCUGUUUACUCUUAGCCGUGCGAUUUGCUGUGGCUUUCUGGUUUUUGGCUAUUCUACGUCGACGUCGAUUAGGUUUAGACACCAUGGGUCGGGAGUUGGAUGAGGCGGGUGAUGUGCUACUCGGUCCAGGGAUCGAUCUCAUACAUUUCGCCGCUUUCUUCCUGCUAUGGAUGCUUCUUCUUCCCCUGGUUGUAUUCAUUGCCGAGACCAGUGUGUCGUCUCUGUGGCGACGUAAAACAAUCGCUAAGGGUGUGGGUUGCGGUGGUGUCUUAUUCCAAAAUCUGUUCUCAAAUGGUUCUUUAGUCCUGUCGCGCCUCAUCACUUCCUAG